AUGGCGGCUGUGGAGGAGACCGUUCAAACCAAUGGCGCCGCUGCGCCGGAGGACGCGGCUGCUAACGGGGAGGUUCAGGCGCGCGACUGGGGGACGGCGGAGGAGCAAGCUGCGCGCGGACGGGCGCCUGUGAAGAAGGAGUUCCUGAUGCCGCCAGGUGGCAGAAAAUCAUUGGCCGCCGCGGGCGGGAAUGGGGAGGCGGGGGGGAAGGAAGAGGGCGGGGGAGACGAGAGCGGGCAGGGGAAGGCGGGGGAGAAGGGAGGUUGUGGUUGGGGGAAGGACGGGAAGGGGAAGGGUGGUGGGGGGAAGGAGCAGAGGCUGAGCCAUCGAGCGAUGAAGAAGCAGCGGAAGCAGGCCAUGGCGUCUCAGCCGUGCAACACUGUAGCGCGUACAGGCGACCCGGCCUCGUGUCCGUUUGGCGCCACGUGUCGCUUCAGCCACGACCUCGAGAUCAUCCGCGCGCAGCUGCCGCCCACCCUGGACGGCACCUGCCCCUUUGCCGCCCUCCGCCGCCCCUGCCCCUUCGGCCUGGCUUGUCGUUUCCGGGACGAGAAGCACGGGAAGCUUCCAGGAAGCGGCGACGGGGGAGGAGAGGGCGGGGAAGGGGGUGGAGGGAAGGAGGAGGGGAAGGACGGCGGGAAGGGGAAGAGUAAAGGGGAGGAAGAGGGGGAGGCAGAGAGUGAGAAUAAGGGAAAGGAGGCGGGGGAAAAGGAGAGUGAGAAGGGGAGUGAGAAGGGGAGUGAGAAGGGGAGUGAGGAGGGGAGUGAGGUGAGGCACCCAGGGGAAGUGAACAUGCUGGAGAAGGGGCUUCAAUCGAAGCUGUGGAAGCGACAGCUGGACUUCCCCAGAGCCGUUGAUUCGCUGCAGCGGAUCGGAUGGACGCGCAAGGUGAAGCCAAAGGGGGAGGCCAGCCUCAUGCCUGACUUGGACGAGAACGAGCAGGAGGGGGACCAGGGGCGCAAGGUGAAGCCAAAGGGGGAGGCCAGCCUCAUGCCUGACCUGGACGAGAACGAGGAGGAGGGGGACCAGGGGGACGACGGGGAUGAGGGGGACGACGAUGGGGAAAACGAAGGGGGGAUGGCGGAGAUUGAGAGGGAGGGGCGGCGGAAGGGCGUGCUUGCAGCAGCAGCUACAGCCGCCAAGGAGACUGCAGCGGCAGCUGCUACAGCUGUGAAGGACACGGCUGUAGCGGCGGCUGAGACUGUUGGGAAAGCAGCUGUAGCGGCAGCAGAGGCAAUUGGGAAAGACACAGGGGCUAGUGUUAAAGAAGAGGGAAGGGUGGGGGAUGAUAAGGAGGUGAAGCUGCCCCACCGAGAGAAAAAACCCGUGGAUUUCAAGGGUAAACUCAUCGUCGCGCCUCUGACCACCGUGGGUAAUUUACCCUUCCGGCGCGUGUGCUGCUCGUUCGGCGCGGACGUUACAGUGGGCGAGAUGGCGAUGUGUGGUAACCUGCUGCAGGGGCAGGCGUCUGAGUGGGCGCUGCUGCGGCGGCACGAGAGCGAGAAGUGCUUUGGCGUGCAGCUGUGUGGGCCGCACCCGGAUAUGGUUGCCAAGGCCGCUGAACUCGUGGCUGAGCACUGCCAGGUGGGUUGCAGGGAGGGAGGAUGUGAGGAUGGUAGAUCGAUGGGGAGAGUGGGAGUGCAGCUGUGUGGGCCGCACCCGGAUAUGGUUGCCAAGGCCGCUGAACUCGUGGCUGAGCACUGCCAGGUGGGUUGCAGGGAGGGAGGAUGUGAGGAUGGUAGAUCGAUGGGGAGAGUGGGAGUGCAGCUGUGUGGGCCGCACCCGGAUAUGGUUGCCAAGGCCGCUGAACUCGUGGCUGAGCACUGCCAGGUGGGUUGCAGGGAGGGAGGAUGUGAGGAUGGUAGAUCGAUGGGGAGAGUGGGAGUGCAGCUGUGUGGGCCGCACCCGGAUAUGGUUGCCAAGGCCGCUGAACUCGUGGCUGAGCACUGCCAGGUGGGUUUCCCAAAGGUGUUAGAUGGAGGUCUGUUGGAGUGGGUCAGGUUAGAUGCGGGUGCGUCUGAUUGGGCGCUGCUGCGGCGGCAUGAGAGCGAGAAGUGCUUUGGCGUGCAGCUGUGUGGGUCGCACCCUGACAUGGUUGCUAAAGCAGCUCAACUCGUGGCUGAACACUGCCAGGUUGAUUUCGUGGAUCUGAACAUUGGGUGCCCGAUCGACAUAGUCGUCAACAAGGUAAACCCUCCCCCCCUCCCCCCUCCCCUGCUUUCUGUUUCACUCCGCGCCUCCCCUCCUUGGAAGCAGUGUCUGUUACCGGUUACUCCAUUCCUUGUUCGCAAGCAAUCACCCUCCUCCUUCCCUAUCAGAGUCUCGGGGUCGUCUCUGCUAGGCAAGCCGCAGCGGUUGGAGCAGGUGGGAUCGGGGUCGUCUCUGCUGCGCAAGCCGCAGCGGUUGGAGCAGGUGAUUAGAGCUACUGCGCUCGCGAUCGAUGUGCCUCUCACUGUCAAGAUGCGCACGGCACGGGAUGCGAACUGGAUGCGCACAGGAUAUGCCGAGGGUCACAACGUGGCGCACCGCUACAUCCCGCACCUGUUGGACUGGGGCGCUACAGCCGUGACCCUGCACGGCCGCACGCGCCAGCAGCGCUACAGCCGGCUGGCGGACUGGGAGUACAUCGGGGAGUGUGCGUCAGUCAAGCCGGCAGGGCUACAGUUCAUAGGCAACGGAGAUGUGAUGGCGUACACCGAUUGGAACGAGCACACGGCCAAUGGCAGCGCGACAUCUGUCGACUCAUGCAUGCUGGCACGCGGCGCGCUCAUCAAGCCAUGGCUGUUGACGGAGAUAACGGAGCAGCGGCAUUGGGACAUAUCAGCGGGGGAGCGGCUGGACAUGCUGCGCUCGUUCACGCGCUACGGGCUGCUGCACUGGGGCUCCGACACGCGCGGGGUCGAAACCACCCGCCGCUUCCUGCUGGAGUGGCUGAGCUAUCUGCACCGCUACGUGCCCGUGGGGCUGCUAGAGCUGCUGCCUCAGCGCAUCAACUGGCGCCCUCCUGGUUUCUACGGCAGGAAUGAUCUCGAGACUCUGUUUGGGUCUGACCAGCCGAACGACUGGCGCAUCAACUGGCGGCCCUCGGCCUUCCAUGGGAGGAAUGAUCUCGAGACCUUGUUUGGUUCCGACCAGCCCCACGACUGGGUGAGUAGUGCUCUCCCCUCCCUCCUCCUUCCCCACCUCUCCUCCCCCUCCCUCCCUCCCCCUCCUCUUCCCAACCCCCGUUCCUUCCCCCCUCCUGGUUUUGCAACCGAAAACGACCUGUGA